GCGCUGAGCCUCCUUUUCCUAUUCCCGCCCCUCCCCGCCCCUCUCUGUCUUCUCUGCACUGGGAGCAGCUUUCCUGCCACAGCCCUCCAUCCCCUGAAAAUGUACGCUUGCGCCAAGUUCGUCUCCACCCCCUCCUUGAUCAGGAGAACCUCUACACUAUUGAGCCGAUCACUGUCUGCAGUGGUGGUAAGACGACCAGAGACACUGACAGAUGAGAGCCACAGCAGCUUGGCAGCAGUCCCCCGUCCCCUGACCACCUCACUUACUCCUAGCCGCAGCUUCCAAACCAGUGCCAUUUCAAGGGACAUCGACACAGCAGCCAAGUUCAUUGGAGCCGGGGCUGCCACAGUAGGGGUGGCUGGCUCUGGAGCUGGAAUUGGGACUGUGUUUGGGAGUCUCAUCAUUGGUUAUGCCAGGAACCCUUCUCUGAAGCAGCAGCUCUUCUCCUACGCCAUUCUGGGCUUUGCCCUCUCGGAGGCCAUGGGGCUUUUUUGCCUGAUGGUGGCCUUUCUCAUCCUCUUCGCCAUGUGAAGGAGACGUUUCCACCUCCCAUAGUUCUUUCUCCCGUGUCUCGUCUGCCCCGUAUGUUUCUUUUCCUGUACCUCCCCAGGCAGCCUGGGGAAAGUGGUUGGCUCAGGGCUUGACAGAAGGAAGACAAAUAAAUACUGUAUUAAUGAGA